AUGGGGGCGAUGUUUCGGAGCGAGAAGAUGGCCUUGUGCCAGCUCUUCAUCCAGCCUGAAGCCGCUUACGCUUCUGUGUCCGAACUGGGAGAAUUGGGCAUUGCUCAGUUUCGGGAUCUAAAUCAUGAUGUGAAUGUCAUGUUGCGCAAGUUUGUUAAUGAAGUUCGACUAUGUGAUGAGCUUGAACGCAAGCUACGAUUUUUUGAGGCUGAGAUCAUCAAGGAUGAAGUACCAAUUCCUGAUGUAGAGGACAACCCAAAGGCACCUAACCCAAGAGAGCUUGUCGAUCUGGAGGCAAAAUUUGAGCAGACGGAGAAUGAAUUACGGGAACUGAGUCAGAAUGCAGUGAAUCUGAAGCAGAACUUCCUGGAAUUGACAGAACUGAAGAAUGUGCUGGAUAAGGCAGAGGGAUUUUUUAAGAAUCUGGAAGUUGCAAAUGCCUCUGACCUGCAGACUAGGGCACUCAUGCAGGAUGAGCCUGACAGUGGGAACCCUGAUAAGGGUAGCCUGGGAUUUGUUGCUGGAGUUGUACCUAAAGCGAAGGUUCCAGGAUUUGAGAGAAUGCUGUGGAGAAUAUCACAUGGAAAUGUGUUCUUGCGACAGGCUGACUUAGAAGAACCCUUAGAAGAGCCAAAGACAGGCAACAUGGUACAGAAGACAGUGUUUGUGGCCUUCUUUCAAGGCGAACAGUUGAGACUCCGGGUGAAAAAAGUGUGUACAGGUUUCCAUGCAGCACUGUACUCAUGUCCAACUGUUGCAGAAGAGCGUGCUGAUAUGUUAUCUGGUGUCCGCACCCGCCUUCAAGACCUAACAGUUGUUCUAAAUCAAACUAAAGAUCACAGGCAGAGGGCACUACAGUCUGUUGCUAAAGAGCUGAACAGAUGGAUAAUGAUGGUACGCAAGAUGAAGGCUAUUUACCAUACUCUCAAUGGUUUCAAUAUGGAUGUCACAAGCAGAUGCCUUAUUGCAGAGUGCUGGGUGCCUGUGAAUGACCUACCAAGGAUGACUCAAGCACUGCAAGAUGGUGGGGUUGCUUCUGGAAGUUCUGUAGCUUCAUUUCUUAAUAUAAUUGAAACGUCAGAUACUCCACCAACAUACGUUAGAACAAAUAAGUUCACAGCAGGAUUUCAAACCCUUAUUGAUUCAUAUGGAUCCAUAACAUACCAAGAAGUUAAUCCAGGAUUGUUUACAAUUAUUACAUUCCCAUUCUUGUUUGCAAUAAUGUUUGGAGAUUCUGGACAUGGACUCAUUCUGUUUGCUUUUGGAUUGUAUAUGAUUCUCACUGAAAAGCAGCACUUGAAAAAGAAAAUUACAAAUGAGAUUUGGGGCAUCUUCUUCGCUGGACGUUACAUUAUAGUUUUAAUGGGAAUAUUUUCUGUUUAUACUGGACUAAUAUACAAUGAUAUUUUCUCAAAAUCAAUUAACAUCUUUGGUAGCAAUUGGAAAGUCUCCUAUAAUAGUUCAACUCUCAGAUCAAAUGAUGAACUUCAGCUCAAUCCAGCAACAGAUUAUGGUGAUAACAUAUAUCCCUUAGGCAUGGAUCCAGCUUGGCAGUUGGCUGAAGCAAACAAGAUUAUGUUCCUGAACUCAUUCAAAAUGAAGUUAUCCAUAAUAUUUGGUUUCUUUCAUAUGGGAUUUGGAGUGAUUCUUGGUGUUGUGAACCAUAUCCACUUUCGUAAGCCAAUCAACAUCCUCCUUGAAACUGUGCCCCAAUUUCUUUUCCUGCUGUUGCUGUUUGGAUACUUGGUGUCACUUAUGUUUGCUAAAUGGAUUCUAUAUGGAGCAAAAAAUGAUGAACUGUUGACAAGUGAACAUUGUGCACCAAAUGUGCUCAUCACAUUCAUCAAUAUGCUCCUUUUCAAGGAAUCUGAUGCAUUGUGUAAUAGUGAAGGUGAAGACUGCUGUGAUCCAUACUUUUUUAAUAACCAAAGAAUGGUACAGGCAGUCAUGGUACUUGUGGCACUCCUUUGCAUUCCGUGGCUUCUUCUGGCCAAACCAAUAUAUAUAAUUCGUUCCCAGAAGAAAAAUAGACAGAAAGUCCCCUCAUCAGAAAAUAUUGAGGGAAAUGGAACCAUUGAAAUGGAACAUAGAGAUGAAGAGGCUGGACCAGUGACUUCUUCAGAAGGAAAUCAUGAUGAUCACGAGGGUGGCGAAACUAGUGAUAUCUUCAUUUACCAGGGCAUACACACAAUCGAGUAUAUCCUUGGAACGAUAUCCCACACUGCCUCAUACUUGCGGCUGUGGGCUCUUUCUCUUGCACAUUCUCAACUGUCUGAGGUGCUGUGGUCCAAAAUUUUCCACAUGGCUCUAGGGAUGGAUUUGGGCUAUGGCGGGGGAGUUUUAAUAUACUUGAUAUUCUGGGCAUGGUCUUUCCUUACUCUUUCCAUCCUUGUACUGAUGGAAGGCCUCUCAGCAUUUCUUCACACAUUGAGGCUGCACUGGGUGGAGUUUAUGAGCAAAUUUUAUACAGGUACUGGCUACCUUUUUACACCAUUCUCCUUCAAAUCUAUUUUGGAACAAGAGGACAACGAAGCACCAUAGAGAAAUUCCGUGCUGUAUCAGUG